AUGGGGAUUGAUAAGGAAGAACUGCCUCGCAGUGGUGAGCAGACAUUAAACUUGAUGUCAACACUAAAGGAAUUGCAUAAACUCAACUCUCGGGACCUUUAUAGAUUAUUAAAGGAUUCUGGAAGUGGAAAUUUAUCUGUUCACUACCUUACUGAAAAAGGAGUGCUUCUGAAGGUUGAUAUGGGCAAGCUUGCACAAUCUCUUCCAUUGCAUCUUACUACAAUACUAAUUUUUUCUAGAAGAGAUGAAGAUGUGUUCCAAUACGUGUUAUGUGGCAUUCGUCUGUUGCAUUCGUUAUGUGAUUUAGCCUCUCGACAUCCAAAAUUUGAUCAGAUUUUUCUACAUGAUUUGAAAGUGGUGGAACAACUGAUUGAUUUGGUUUUGUACAUCCUUACUAUUCUUAGUACCUACAGACAGGAAGAUCAUGCUUUUAGACUUAUGUACCUUUCGCAUUCUGCUCUUUUAGCAUGCAGCUUACAUCUAAUAACUGGGUUUAUAUCAACACAGUUUCAAGAUAUUGCCAAUGUUUUGCUUGCACACCCAAAGGUUGACUUAUUUAUGGAUGCAGCUUUUGGAUCAGUUCGCGUGGUUGUUAGGAGUCUGGAGAUUACAUUGAUAGCUUGCUACAAAGAUUUUUCCAUGGAAUCAAAUCUUUCAUCUGAACAAGUAGUAUAUUUUCUCUGCCAGCAAUGUGAGGCUUCUCUACAGUUUAUUCAGUCAUUGUGCCAGCAGAAAUUGUUUAGGGAGCGCCUGCUCAAUAAUAAGGAACUAUGUGGAAAGGGAAGCAUUCUUUUCCUCGCUCAAUCUAUCUUGAAGUUAAACACUCAAUCAUCUUUUCCAACUAGGAUCGUGGCUGGAAUUUCAAGGCUGAAAGCCAAAAUAAUAUCCAUUCUGCUGAGUUUGUGUGAAGCAGAAAACAUUUCUUAUCUCGAUCAAGUAGCCACCUCAUCACAAAGUUUAGAUUUGGCUAAAUCUGUUGCGUUGGAGGUAUUGGACUUGUUGAAGACUGCUUUUGGAAGAAAUCCUGGGCAUCUCACUACUACCGACAGAAGAUACCCAAUUGGGCUUUUACAACUUAAUGCAAUGCGCCUAGCUGACAUUUUCUCUGAUGAUACAUACUUUCGAUCUUGCAUCAUAGUUUAUUUUACUAAAGUUCUUACAGCAGUACUAUCACUCUCCCAUAUGGAUUUUUUAUCCUCUUGGUGUUCGUCUAAUCUCUUAGAAAUGGAGGAGGAUGCAAGUGUUGAAUAUAAUAUAUUUGCUACAGUUGGAUGGAUUUUGGAUAAUAGUUCAUCUAUGGAUCUACAGAAUUCAACAGUCUUGGAAUUGAAUAUGAAACGUAACAUCAUGCCUUCUGCUUCUUAUGCACAUCACAGGACUUCAUUAUUUGUCAAAGUCAUUGCAAAUCUUCAUUGUUUUGUUCCCGACUGUUGUGAAGAAAAGGAGAGAAACCUUUUCGUUCGAAAGGUCCUGGAGUGCCUGCAAAUGGAUCUAUCUAAUUUGCUUCCUGGGUUUUCUUUCGCAUCUGAUACUCCUAAAGCGGACACUAUUAGCAAGAAUCUACGCUCUUUGUUAAAUCAUGCACAAUCUUUGAUGCCAAAUUUUUUAGACCCAGAGGAUCUACAAAUUCUAAGGGUAUUUUUUAGCGAAAUGCAAGCACAAUUUUCUUCUGGCUCUGGGGAAAAUCGUGUUCAAGAGGCUCAGCGUAUAGGGAUCCACCCGACGCAUUUACAAGUAAAAGAACCCGCUGAACUUGAUAAGCUUGGUAACUUGAAGGAGGGAAUGUCCGAGAAUUCUGCAUUUCCAAGCAUAGAUCAGCAUAAUAUUAGAGUUGAAAACACAAAAUUAGGCGAGGACAUAAAUAGGCCACAUCAGGUAGGAGGUAAAAGUAUGGGUAGUAAGACUGUGUUGUUAACAGGAGCAAGAGAUACGCAUAAGGAUGCUCAGAACGCUGAAACAAGUGGUUCAGAUACUAGUUCUGUAAAAGGAAAAAAUGUCCUUAAUCAUGCAGAUAACGGCGAAUCAAAAUCAAUGGAGCAUCUUAGAAAGGUUGUAGUUGAUGAAACUCCGGUGGAUGAAAAGGUUGAACCUCUACAAAGAAGAGACCGAAAGCGGACUAUGAUGAAUGAUAAAAUGGCGGAGUCGAUGGAGAGUGCACUCUUGGAUGAGCCAGAAGAUGAAAAGGUUCAAAAGAGAAGGCGACGAACUAUAAUGAAUGAUAAAAUGGUGGAGUUGAUGGAGAGGGCACUCUUGGAUGAGCCACAAAUGCAGCGAAAUGCAGCUUCUCUUCAAUCAUGGGCUGAAAAAUUAAGUCACCAUGGUUCUGAAGUUACACCCUCUCAGCUUAAAAAUUGGUUAAACAAUCGAAAAGCUAAGCAGGCCCGCACAUCCAAAGAUAAUCCAGUGCUGGAUAAGCAAAAAGGGCCAGUAAGAGUGUCCCCUGACUUACAUGACAGUCUCUGUCCUUUAGAAGUCGUCCGUUGUAAUGUUGGUCAGAGCGCCGUGCUUGUAAACUCGCGAGGAGAGGAGAUUGGCAAAGGAAAGGUAGUUCAGGUGAAUGGCAAGUGGUAUGGGAAGAGCUUGGAGGAAUUAGAGGCCUAUGUUAUGGAUGUUUACGAGCUACAUGCUGAUAAAGGGAUGAAGUUACCCUUCACAUCAGAAGCUACUGGUACUUCAUUUGCAGAGGCUGAAAGAGAGUUAGGUUCCAUGAGAGUCUUGUGGGAUUCGCGCAGAAUUCUUGUACUCCAAUCUGAAUGA